AUGCAAUCAAAUCUUGGAGCUCUUCAUACUUCCCAUCUUGUUUCUGUAUCAGAAGUUCUUCUUCAAUCAAGCCCGAAGCUACUAGGUGGUAAAUCACGUGAAGAUGAUGAUGGAUUUGGUUCCAAUGGACUACCGCUGCGAUAUGCAUAUGAGGAUCUUAAAGGGUGUUUCUCACUUGUUGUUCACAACGGUGUUAUCGGUAUGUUGUACACACCCGAGUUAUCAUUGCGAUGUGCUUGUGGGGGUCUUAUAGGGUGUUUCCUCACUCGCUGUUCACAUCUGCUUGCUUGGUAUGGUAGAGGUUGUGAUGCCAUGUAA